UUCGGCACAACACCAAACCGGAAGCGGAAACAGAAUACUAAGCUGUAGCUAGCAAGCUACUAGCAAAACCUACUAAAGAAACUGUGAGGAAAUCUGGGGGAUUUACCAGCGUUUAAUUUCUGCAUUAAGACAACAGUUUCUAUUUGGCUGAACAUUAAUGUCAUAUUGUGGAGCACAUAACAGCGGGCGCCCCAGCAAAUGGGACGAGUCCUCCGGCUCUGGUGGGAUGGGGGAGGCUGAGGCUGCUCCCACUGGGGCUCUGGAUGCUGCAGCUGCAGUGGCGGCCAAAAUUAACGCUAUGCUGGUGGCCAAAGGCAAGCUCCAUCCCUCACAGAUUAGCAACCCAGGACAACCCCUGGAGAAGGCUCAGGUUAGAAAUGUUCGAAAACCUUCAGCGCAAAUGAAACCCAACGACGACCAGGUGGUGGCAGAAGUCGAGAUCAACGACGUCCCUUUAAACUUUCGAAACCUCCUGACCCGCGGGCCGACACAGGAGGAGAUCAGUAAAGUGAGCGGAACUGCGGUUACAACUAAAGGACGUUACAUGACAGCAGAGGAGAAGAGCAAAGCUCUGCCAGGGGAGCGACCUCUCUACCUGCACAUCCAAGGACAGACCAGAGAGCUCGUCGACAAAGCAGUAAAUAAAAUCAAAGAGGUUAUCGCCAAUGGUGUUGUGAAGGCAGCAACUGCUUCAUCCUCCUCCUCCUCCUCCUCUACAUCCUCCUCCUCUACAUCAUCCUACUCUACAUCCUCCUUGUCGUUCUCCACAAAUGGGGCCACGAUCUGCCAUCCUCCAGCUUCGCUUCCCCCCAUUACCAACAACAAACCUCACUUUCAGUCAGGGAUGCAUUAUCUUCAAGAUAAGAUCUUCGUGGGCCUCGAGCACAGUGUCGCAGGGUUUGUGGUGAAAGAGCGCGUAGAAGGCCCCGGCUGUUCAUACCUGCAGCACAUUCAGGCUGAGACCGGGGCCAAAGUCUUCCUCCGAGGAAGAGGAUCGGGCUGUUUGGAGCCGGCCUCUGGCCGAGAGGCUUUUGAACCCAUGUAUAUUUACAUCAGCCAUUCUAAACCAGAAGGACUCGCAGCAGCAAAAACAUUGUGUGAGAAUCUCCUUCAGACAGUUCGUGGAGAAUAUUCCCGCCACUUAAAUCAAAUGGGUCCAGUAUUGCCAACACAACAAGGCUUCAGCCCUGCUGCAGCAGCAAACAGAGUGCCUCCUCCGUCUCCUCACUUUUCCCCGGCUGGCUUCUCCAUACCUGUGCCGCCCCCACCUAAGCCCCUACCGGUCCCGCCACCUUACCCCUUACUGCCCCCCGUACCUUCGGCGGCCCCCGCAGGUGCGGCUUCUCGGUACCCUCUACGCCCCGGCUCUGCCGCUGUUCCUGCUCCGACUGUGGCCCCUGCACCAGACGCUUUGCAUCAGCCUCUUCCUCCAGGACCGUUUCCUCCCUCCACCUCCGCCCCGAGCAAAGCUCCGCCCCCCACCGGCCCGACCAACCCGCUGCAGAAAAGACGCUUCACAGAGGAGGUGCCAGACGAGAGGGACAGCGGCCUGUUUGGUUAUCAGCAUGGACCCAUUCAUAUGACUAAUUUAGGUGCAGGCUUCUCAGUGGGCAGGACCGAGUCGACCAGACCCCCACCGUCCAGUUCCCCUGGCCAGGCGACUGAAAGGAACUGUCGGCAGCUAAUGCCUCCGCCGCUGUCUGUUCCCGUUAACGGUGUGAGACCCAGGAUGGAAGAGAGGAGGGCAACAACACAAGACCCUGUGGGACCGGUUGCUAAAAGACCAAACACAGGUUUGGUGAUGUACACGGUCGUCGACUCUGAUGAAGAGGAAGACACCUCCAAAGCCUCGCGCAAAGGUAAAUCUAGGGCAGCGUCCCCCGUCUCUUCUUCAUGCUGGAGACCUAACCACCGCUCCCUGCCUCCACCACCGACUCGUGCCAGAACCCAACCACCACAGCAGCAGUCCAUACCCUUCUGGAUGGCCCGAUAAAAAACACAAAAAAAACACACACACAAAAAAAAAACGGAAUAACGUUCCUCAGUGCUUUUUUCAGUCCUACAGGAUCUCCAACUGAACUGAACCGUUGAUCACGAGGAUGAUUCUUCACAGCUUUGUUCAGAGUUUCAGCCUUUAUUUCAUUCUUUGGGCUCAAGCAGUUAAACUACUUUUUUUGCAACUCCUGUAGGUUGAAGAUGAAAAUUUGCACGACAAAAACUGGACCCUAUUUUGUGACAAAGGUUUUUUUUAAAUCAAACCCACGCCACUAAGUGUUUAAAAACUCUGUAAAAAGAGAAAAGUCUAAGUUGAAUAAUGUACAUCACUAACCAGUUUUUAUUUCUCAUUUCAGAGAGUUUCCUACCGUUUGCAUCAUUUUCUCUCUUUUUUUCCCCUCGGUUUGUUUUGUCAAACUUUUCUAACAGUUUUGUUUUGUUUUGUUUAGAUCUUACUGAAGUUACAAGUAUUGUACCUGCCUAAUUUAUUUCAUGCCCUUUAUGAAAUAAACUCAGUUUAUUGGGG